AUGGGAAUGGUGGGGAGAGAGAGAGGGAGGAGAAAGAGAUUGAGAGAGAGUGGUGAAGGAGAAUCGGAGCGGAGACAGGGAGUGGGGAGGGAGAAUGGGAGCGAAGACAGAAUGGGAGUGGGGAAGAAUGUGGGAGGGGGGAGAGAGUGGGAGGGGGAAGAGGUGGUAGUAGGGAGAGAGUGGCGUGGGAGAAAUUCCAAUGACAGUUUGUGUGUGAUUUUAAGGAACAGCUGGUGGUCUGUAGCUUCAUGCAAUGAGAGCAAUCGUUAUAUUUGUCAGGCAAAGAGCAUAGAUUGUCACAUAGAGUCGGGAUGGACCACUACUAUUUCAAAACAUUGCAUUAAAGUGAUGACAGCGCCCUCUGGUUGGUAUGAUGGACAAAACACAUGCAGACGACAAGGCGCGGAUCUUGCUCUUUUUCGCAGUAGAAAUGAACUAGAUUUCCUCACACAAAACUUAAGCUUGCCAUAUAAUCAGUAUUGGGUGGACCUUGGUUCUUUCGGAUCGAACUGUGAAGGAAUUAACAUUACAUUGAAUCGAGUGGAUCCUUUCUACGAAAACUGCAAUGUCCACCAAAUGUUUAUUUGUGAAAUAAGUUCUUGUGCAUCACGAGAUGACGAGUAUGGGUGUGAUUCAAUGUUCUGUAUAUCACGGAGUCUUUUGUGUGACGGACAUCUGGAUUGCCCGACCGGAAGUGACGAAUCUGUAUCAUUAUGUGGUGUUCAAUUCUCCGUGUCCUUGCAAAACACAUCAAGUUCUUCCCUGUCAAUUUCUGUCAACAUGGACUUUGGUAAGCUAAGAUCUUGCCAGUUAUUCACUGACAACAUGGAUUUUGGUAAGCUAAGAUCUUGCCGGUUAUUCACUGACAACAUGGACUUUGGUAAGCUAAGAUCUUCCCGGUUAUUCACUGACAACAUUGACUUUGGUAAGCUAAGAUCUUCCCGGUUAUUCACUGACAACAUUGACUUAGGACCUUUGCCUAUAGAUGAAAUCAGAAAAGCUUUUCUAAAGUGCUACAGUACAGGGGUCGAAAUCGAGAAAAACAACUGUUAUAAAGAGUUAGCAGGAAAUUACUCUGGAAUUGUGGGAUAUGUGGGAGAGAUAAUUCGCGCCUUAAAUUUUCCAGAACGUGUGAAGAUGUAUUUGGAUAUUUAUAAUGCCAUACUAUCAGUAACUGCAGAGAAUGGUCAAUAUGCAAGCGUUUCUCAUAUUAUGAACAUUUCGUCCGUAUUAGAAGCUGUUGAACAUGACUUGACAUCGAGUUCCUUCUUGGACGAUGUAUAUAUUGAAGAAAGAGAAAACAUAGAGUUGCGAAUAAAAACGAAUGCCUGGAAGAUGGGUUCCAAUAUCAGACUCGGUGGGAACAAGCCAACUCAAUUAUUUUCAAAAGGUCAUGUAGGAAAUGCUGAUUUUUUUGAAAACAUCUUGAUUAAUGGUUCUCCCGAAGCUAACAUUACGAUAAUUGUGAUUAUUAUUGACAAGAAUCUGAUGGAAAACAGAACGACAGGGACUAUCACAGAUGACGUAAUAAGGAUAAGUCCCGUGUUGUCCCUGUCUGCUUUUAAGGAGGGGGAUUAUAUCAGUCUGGAACAUACAUUCACACUGCAACAUUAUGCUUCGAUCAUUCAGGUGAAUGAUGGCUACCUGGAAAAUGGCACUGUAAAAUGUGGCUUUAUAGACAAGCAAACAAGGUCAUGGUCUUAUGACGGAUGUGUCGUAUUACUCACAUCUUUAUGGAAUACAACAUGCUUCUGUAAUCAUACGACAAAUUUUGCAAUACUUAUGCAAAUAAAGGAUUUCAAGGUUGAAAGCAUCCAUGCUUUGGCCCUCAACAUAAUAACAUAUAUUGGGUGCACUGUAUCACUGGUCACUCAGGUGAUAGCCAUCACAGUGUUUUCCUGUGUUGGAUCCUUAAAUUCGGAGAGAAUUUGUGUACACAAAAAUCUGUGCUAUGCGAUAACUGCAGCACAGUUAGUGUUUUUGAUGGGUAUCAAAGCAGUUCAAAUUAAGAUUAUUUGUUCUAUUAUUGCGCUUUUAUUGCACUAUUUUUAUUCCGCUGUAUUUGUGUGGAUGCUGGUUGAGGGGUUGCUUCUGUACAGUAAAGUUGUUCAGGUCUUUGGAUCUGAAAAGUCCCGGAUUGCAUAUUACUACGUUUUUGGUUGGGGACUUCCUUUGAUAAUUCUUAUCGUAUCAGCCACAGCAAAUUGGAAAGGAUAUGGAACAAAACAAAGUUGCUGGCUAUCAAUGUCGGAUGGUACCGUUUGGGCCUUUGUUGGUCCAGCUGUGUCAGUCAUUGUUGUAAACAUGGUAAUUUUAUGGAUUGUAAUCCGUAUUAUUGUACAUCUUGAGAGAUCUGAUGAAUAUAGGCAGAUCAGGUCAAGUAUCAAAGGCGCCAUUUUCCUUCUUCCUCUCUUAGGUUUGACUUGGAUAUUUGGACUCAUGGCUGUAAAUGAAGAUACAAUCAUUUUUCAGUAUCUUUUUGCUAUCUUUAAUUCGCUACAGGGAUUCUUCGUAUUCUUAUUCCACUGUGUCUGUAAUUCAGAGGUUAGGCAGGCACUUCAGAGAUUAAGAGAGAAACGCAUUUUGUCAAAAGGAGAAGUAAUCACCACUUCGGACAUACCAACUCAGACUGAUGCGUCAGUUUCAAAGGAAGGAAAUAUCCCAAGACAAAACUCUAGACCAGUCAAACAUUACAAAACAUAUCCACGUGUUCAAGUGACUUCAUUAACGCACGUGAAUAGCAGAGAAGGCAUUGAAGCAGAAGGUGGCAUGAAACUUGAAGACGUUGACCGUGAUAACGAGCUCGUUUUCAUUUGAGGGAAGCUGAAAGUUUUUAUGUUAAUGAGGAAAACAAUGUUUUCAGUCGGGGAUCUGAAAAUCAGAUUAAAUUUCCAUCGAUUAGGCAAACUAUAUAUAUUUAAUAUUGUUAUGUUGUAACAGAUAACUAAAGAUUUUUGUG